UUCUUUACUCUUCACGCCGGAGUAAAAAGUGUGACUGAUGGGGAACGAAGCGAAGGCGUUUCUUUCUCUCCUGCUUCUCCCAGAGCAGUAAAUAAAGCGCUCGGCUCACUUCACUAUGUUUGACGCGAAAUAUGCAGCGCGGUGUCUGUCAGACUAAUUAUAGAGGAGUCCAAUAAUAAUGUGGCGCGCUGCCACGGAGCCCCUUAAAGACCGGCGGCGCGCGCACUGACUGAAGCAGCCUGGCGAGAGCUCGUGGGAACGGGAGCGCGCGGCCAGGGCACCGACACCGACACCGACAGCAGCACCAGCACCAGCACCAGCGCGCGGCGCGGAGCGGAGCGGAGGGGAGCGGAGCACUUGGCUUGGGCUGGGAAGCGCGGCGGCCAGAGCCACGAGUUCGCUCGCUCCUUCCUUCCUCCUGCUGCGAAGGAGAGGAGUAGGAAGAAAAAGAGAAAGAGAGAGAGAAAGAGAGAAAGAAAGACUCGAGAAGAACCAGUGAAUGUGGAGCGAAAACAGAAGCAUUUUGUAGUUUCCCGGUCGGACAACCACGGACGGAAUCGAGUCCGCGAUCCGAUCAUCGUGGUGGUUCAAUCAAACUUUGCGCUCUUCUUUUUUCUCUGACUCUUGUUGCCGCACAUCCCUCGUCAUACCCCUGGAACCUGAGCACUGACAUGGUGCAAUGUUGUCCCGGGGACACUUCCUGCGUGUUAACCUGGGGCUGGGGUGGCUCGCGCGCUCCGUCCUGCUGCUCGUGACCGUGACCGUGACCGUGUGCGGAGUGUCCGCGCACAGCUGUCACGAGGUCAAGACCGCCUUCCAGCUGCGCCAGAUCGGCCCUCUCCGGUUGGUCCCCGAAACACCUGGAACAGAUGCAGAGCUGCAGAUCUGCAAGCACCAGGGUCCCACCUGCUGCACCCGCAAGAUGGAGGAAAGCUACCUCGCUGCGGUUCGACGCGAGACCCUGCAGAACAUCCGCUCCUACAGCUUUGAGCUCAAGUACCUCAUCGUGGGCCACGCCACCAGCUUCCAGGAAACCUUCCAGUCGCUGGUCUCCUUCGCCAUGAACCACACUCUCUCCCUGUUCAACACAGCCUACCAGCCCUUAGCACAAGAGGCUCGCGGACCUGUGUCCGAGCUCUUUGGCGACUUGAUCCUUUACAUCCUGGGAGCCAAUUCGUCUGUGGAGCGAGCUGUGCAUCGCUUCUACGAUGGACUCUUCCCGUUGGUGUACGGCCGCCUGGUGAACCCGGGCUCUCCGCCGCCCACGGCCGACCGGGCCGAGUGCCUGCGUGCCACUCGACAGGAUGUAAAUCCGUUCGGGCCGCACCCACGGGCACUGGCCGGGGAGCUGGCAUGGGCCCUGCGGGCGGGCCGAGUCAUGAGCCGGGCGCUGGCGGCGGGUGCCGAUGCCCUCAAUGCCACGGAGUGGGUGGCAUUGUCUCGAGACUGCGCCAGGGCCCUGGUGCGCAUGCAGUACUGUCCGCACUGCCGAGGCCUCACGCUCAUCCGGCCCUGUGGGGGCUACUGCCUCAAUGUGAUGCGUGGCUGCCUGGCUGGCUUGGCCGAGUUGGAUGUGCCCUGGCGUCGCUUCGUCACUGCCCUGGAGGGGGUCACCGAUGCGCUGGCUGGCACGCACAACCUGGAGCUGGCAUUGCUGGGGGUCCGCAAUCAGAUCAACGACGCCAUCCUCUACACACAGCUGCAUGGCCCACGUCUCACCGCCACGGUGGACAAAGUGUGUGGACAAGUGACCGAGGUGCCAACGUGGACGAGUACGAGGUCCACCUCUGGCGCGACAACCCCUGUCAGUCCCACAGACUCCUCCACGCACUCGCCGGAGCCCUCGGCAAAAGUACCGCUGGGUCGGCUGGCGCACCUGAAGAGCUCACUUCCUCUGAAACCCUCCAAGAUCAAUAAACCUAGAAGUCUGAAAAAGAUAUCUAGGGAGUUUAUGACCUACAUCCAGCGCUACAAGACGUUCUUUGCCUCCCUGCCAGAGAUGCUCUGUGAUGGAGAGAUGGUGGUGGAGGACUUCACCUGCUGGAGUGGCGAGGAAGUGGUCGAAAGUUAUUCAGGGAGAGUAGUGGGAAAUGGCCUUCAGGCUCAGAAGCAGAACCCGGAGAUGAAAGUGCGGAGUGCUGACCCGAUUCUGGUGGAGGUGAAGGAGAAGCUUGAGCGCUUUAACCAAGAGAUGCUGGGGGAAGCAUCCUUGGGAAAGAUCAAGGAGGAGUGGCUGGAGCCAGGCAGUGGAACCCAGGAGGGCAGCGGUGACUGUGACGAUGAGGAUGGCUGCCAGGGCUCCGGAGGAGAUGCUGCCACGGACGGAGAGAGCACUGACAUCUCCCGUAAAGGAGUCCCCGGAGGGAGGGAGCCAGGAGUGGAAGCCCCACGCCGGGCCCCCACUGCCCGUCCACCCCCGAGAGUUGUGGUCACAGAUUCGGGCCACAUCGCUGCUGCCAGCCUGCAAGUUCUCGCCAUCGUCCUCUUCCUUUGGGUGCCGGGACAGCUGUGGACCCUCCUUUGAGGAGGAAGAUCCCCGUUCACCCUCCACCCCUCGGCGGUCACAUCUGUCCUCUCCUUUUAGGUGGACAGUUCAGAAAUGGACUGGACAGGGGGUGCGUUUAGGUGCAGGCCCAUGUGUCCGUGGGCGAUUUUCUCAGAAUGGACUUUGGUCAUUUUACCUUGCUGCUUUCCUAGAACUGCUCUCGUUGGCCAGGAAUCUGGUGGCACCAUUUGCCGAUUUUCUCCAGGCUGAUAAUGGUCCCAUUCGCUAUUUGCCCUCAGGCUGCCGAUACCCUGUCUUAUAAGGCAUGGGACUGCACUUCUUUCACUUGCCCCGCUCAGCUAACCUGCCCCACACUGCCGCGCUCCUGCCCUACCCUGCCUCCAGUAUUCCCGCUACACAGCGUCCCUGUCUGCAUGUCCUCCCAAGAACCUGUGUCAUUACACAUAUUAGAAGCCCUUAAGAAUCCUCACGAUAGCGUUCAAGAAUAGUCACUCCAAGACAAUUCAUCUCUGGCACAACCGGCGCGUCGCCCACUUGCCCUUGCUGGUGGCGGCAAUCUCACGUACACGUGGCGAUACACAGACCUACUGAUACCUGAGUCAUUUCUGUUUCUAGACUUAAUGUGAACUGCUUUUGCAUCCACGUCCGUUAGCUUUCACACAUCUCCAGUGGAAUAAGCUGUAGCUGGGAUGCCUCUGGGUUGCCGUUACAACUAGGCUGAGAAAUUCCUCGUCGAAGGCUUUGAGGGCCUGACGAAAGUCGUGUAGACACCCUGGGGAAGAGAAGGUGCCAUGAGAACUGCUGGAGCUCUGAAACCCUGGUCAGCAAUGAGGAGCAGUGAGGAAUGUUGGGGAGAAGCAGGGGAGACUGGGAGAAGUAACAGAUAGGAGUACCUGGUGUUGGAAGUUUGGGCAGUUUGGGCUUUCCUUCGAGAAAGGCCUCCCAAGAUGCUCAGCUCAUGAGCAUACACUUCCCAAGCUCAACCCUGUCUCUGCACCUGAGAUUGCAGCACACACCUGAACCAAGAUGCACAACAAUUUGGUAUUUUUCUAUGAGGGAAGGGUUUGAGUCUCCACUCGCUGUUGUGCAGAACAAAUUUGGGGCGGUGGGCCAUGUCUCCAGCUCCGUGGUAUAGGACUGGCGGCAGUGGGGAAAAGGAAGAGGACUGGCAGGAACAUGACUCACUGAAGCCCCCAUCAGCACCCUAGCAUGCAGCGAUCUCAAAUGACAGCUGGCAACAUUUCAACAUUUGUGAGUUUUGGAAAAAUUGAACUUGAAAACAAAUAACAAUAAAUCAUCAGCUUUUGAAGGUUAUGGCUAACUUUAGGUCAGAGGUCUUCAUACUUAUCACACAUCUAUUAUAUUUCCUUGAUAUUUCUGUUUUGUUUCUGUCGAUGCUAUUCCUAAUGUUAUUAUACUGUUGUUUUAUAAAUCACACUUAUGCAUGAAGAUACGUGUUUAUAUUUCUGCAGAUGGAGGUGAGAGACAGGACUUUCUGGAAAAGUUAUAUGAAAUAUGAAAACGUGUGUUCUUAACUUGCCAUGGAAAGAUUGUUCAGAUCUGCCCAUUCCUAGAGCCCCUCCAGCUGGACGACCCCCCCCCCCCCCACCCCCCAGCCCUCCGGGGACAAAUCUAGCUCAGCUAGAUGUGAUUAUUGGAUGCAUCAGUUUCCUUUCAUUUAUAUCUGUUUUAUCUGUUGUGUCUGUGUAUCUCUCUGCUUGCUGCUUUCUUCAUUACUGCACAAAAAAAGCCUGUUCUGUUCGUCAGGAGUGACUUUGCCCUAUAAAGUACGAGACAGUGGGCCUUUGUGUAUUAUUGUAUAUACAUAUGCAUAUAUGAAAACACUGGGAGACCAGGGUUUGACCGGUGGUUUUUAAGCACUAUAUUUAAAAGAAGUUAAGCAUGAAUUAUCUGAUACCUUUAGAGUUGGGCAAGGGCUGGGGCCUAGGUGGGGCCAUACAAAUACUUUAUUGUCAAGCAUGUGUCCAUCAGUCACACCUCAUUUAUCCACCCUCAUUUCCUGUUUAUUCACAACCGCAUCCUUAAUCAGCACGCCAUGGAUGCACAAACACUUAUAGCAUGUGUAAAAAUGUACAUAUUUUACAGCACUCACAUUUACCUCCCUCUGUUUCGUUUUUAAUACUGAAUGUAUGUGUGCAUCGUGUUCAGGUGAGGUUUUUUAAGUGUAAGCUCUGUGUUUUUCUUGUUGUUGUUGUUGUUGUCCUGAACCGUAACACCGUUUGCGAAACAUGUUGGUGUGCUACUACACGGGGAGAGGUAGACGAGGACGUGUUAAGGGAGGACACUGUACCGGGCCAGGCGCACACACACACACAAAGAGCAUUUUGAGUGUUGCGAGUGACAGAAUGAGUGACAGGCCCAUCAUACUCUGCCAUGCACAGACCCCCCCAGCGCUCAGCUGUGAUCUGCACCACUUUCAGUUGAACAUGAAACACAGCUUUGGAGAGAACUGCUGAACUCCGCUCCCCCGCCUCCCUACUUGCCACUGGACUUUUAUUUAGGCCAGCAGUUUGGACAACAGCAACAUCGUAAGAUAUCAGAGCACAUUCACCGCAUCACGGUGACAGAGCGCAUAUCGAGGAGCUCUAAGAGUGAACCUCAUUUACCGUCCGAGCGCCGACUUGCAUCUCUCUGGGAAACGGGGGUGGAACACGAUUACGAACCUUCCAAAAAAAGAAAAAUCAAUGGAAAAUAACAGUGGAUGAGCAGCACUGAUGCCAAGGUUAUAUAACAGUUUACUGUACUUAUUAAAACAAUAAAAGGAAUGCUUUUGGAAUCCUCUGAAAAAGUUUUUCAUUCGACCGUAUCUGUCAAACACCGCCUCUUAUUUUGAGGCUCUUGCUUCUGUAAGACUCAGCUAAGAUGUGGGACAACACAAAGCAUAGCGGACGCGCUUGGGCUUGGAAUACGAAGGUUUCCGGUUCAACCCCCUCGUCCCACUAUCGCUCUGGUACCCUUGAUCAAGCUGCUUUACCGUGCAUCGCUCCGGUUAGAACAUCCAAAUGCAUUACCUGGUCAAAUACUCCAAGUCAGUUUGGAUAAAAGUGUCAGCUGAGCAACAGAAUAUUAAUAAUCUGUCCUAUUUGCAUAUGCAAUUUUGAUAAAACUCACACAACCCGUUCCUGCGGAGGGGUCCUUCUUGAAGGCUGCUGUUGAGGAGCCUAAUUGGCCCAUAGCCAUAUGUUGCUCAGUGUCCAGUUUGCAUUCACAAGAAGCCUAGUGUCACAGUUCUUUAAAAAGCCUCACCCUCACUCUGCUGACCAUGUGGUGGACAAGCAGGAGUAUUUUUGGUCCUCGAGCUUAAUGGAUGAAUUGCAUUUAUUUCUAGUUGUUGACAUUUGAAUAAAAAUGGCCACUC